AUGAAUAUUUCAACUGGAGCCGGGGUUCAGAGGAGAAGAGGUGGUCAAUCAAAUCGACCAGAGGAUGAAGUUAAUGCAGCCGAGUUAAAACUUGGCCCCGAAUUUCAAUUAGACCAGACAGAUAACCAUGGUAAUCAUACGAAGUUGAUAACUUUAAAUCUUUCAGAAGCUCGAAUUCUUAUUAGAGCGGCAUUAAAAGAGAGAAUGGAAAUGUUUCAAGCUAUGAAAGGUACAGAUAACAAGGAUAAGAUUAAUGCUGAGGCAGAUCCAGAUGAUGAGGUUCUUGCCAGAAUGGCUACAGCACCUGGCGCAAACGAAGUUCUUAGCAAAACAUUGAAAUAUUUAUCUACAUUUUCAAGAUUUAAAGAUGCAGAGACAUGCACUGCGGCUGAAGCCUUGCUUAAAAGUGAUGACAACUCAGCACUUCAUCCAUUUGAAAUCGCCCAAUUAGGCUCUUUGGCGUGUGAAGAUACGGAUGAAGCCAUUACUCUUAUUCCAAGUUUGAAUGAAAAGAAGGAUAGUAUUGAUCUCGAUAGGAUUUUGGAAGAACUUAACAGGUUGGAGACAAACUUCCCGUGA